AUGGAUUGUACAGCUGCGCCACAAGUCAUUGAGCACCUGAAGGAACAGCUGAACUUCACGCCCUUUGACACUCGAUGGGUGCCCCAGAGCGCCCGCUAUGUUGUGCUGGGCCAGUACCCUCGUGCGACUGGUUGCAUUCGCGUGUGCCAGCUGAACAAGGGCAAGAGCGAGAAGCUGGCGGAGACAGAGCAGCCCAAGGGCUUCAAGUGUGGCACCUUCGGCGCGUCCUCAAUCGAGGACCGCCACCUUGCUACCGGCGACUAUGCCGGUGGCCUGGCCAUCUGGGAUCUGGAGAAUCUCAAGAAGCCUGUUUGGAGCGUGAAAGGUCAUGACCUCAUUGUCAACGCCAUCGAUGGCUGUGGAGGCCUCGGCAUUGGCAGCGGGGCUCCCGAGCUAGUGACAGGCAGCAGGGACGGGACGGUUCGCGUCUGGGAUCCUCGCACCCAAGAUCCAGUCCUUUCACUUGAGCCCGUAGAGGGCGAGACACCGGCCGAUUGCUGGACAGUGGCCUUCGGCAACUCCUACAACGACGCAGAGCGCUGCAUCGCUGCAGGAUACGACAACGGCGAUGUCAAGAUUUUCGACUUGCGCACCAACACUUUGAGAUGGGACACGAACGUCCGGAACGGUGUGUGCCAUCUCCAGUUCGACAGGAAAGAUAUCAAGAUGAACAAGCUGGGCGUCUCGACACUCGAGUCGACCCUGGUGGUUUAUGACCUUCGCACGUAUCACCCUGAAGAGGGCUACGCAGGUAGGAAAGAGAAGGUGACAAAGAGCACACUUUGGGGCGCGCACUUCCUGCCGCAGAACCGGGAAGUCUUCGCCUCCUGUGGUGGCAACGGAACCAUCACCUUGUUCAAGUACUCCUACCCCGAAGAACGGUCCAUCCAGGACAAGGAAGGCAUAGAUCGUGGAGUUGCUGGCACAGUGGAGAUGCUCAACCAGAAGGACCCCGAGAGCACACACAUAUAUAUAUAUAUAUAUAUAUAUAUAUAUGUGUGUACAUACUAA